GUCUUGUUCUUUUGGUCUGUUUUCCUGCUCUCUCUUCGCAUACUCACGUUCCUUUAACCACCAUCUUGCUACUUCUGUAGCGUCCAUUCAUUUGUUGAUUUUCUCUCACGCCAUCCAAUUCGCAAAAACCUUACGCUCUUUAUUUGAACCCUCGUACACGAAUAUCAAUGAACCCUCUGAGACAACGUUGAAGCUGUUCUAUUCCUGUCGAUCACCCACAAUCAACAACAUACAAUACUCAACAAUCAACAACGUAGACCAAAAGAAUUUCUGAAUUUCUGAACUUCUCGGAUUUCACGAUUUAUUGCAACAAUCACAUCAAACGCCAAAAUGCGUACGACAAAUCUCAUAUCCUUGGGCUUAGCAGCUCUUGCACUUCCAAGUCAAGCUAUCGACCUCGACAUCAACGAUGAUGCAUCCAUCAAAUCCGCCGCCUCGACGGUCGCAUACGGCAUGAUGAAAUACUACCACGGCAACGAAACCGCACAAACGAUAGGAGAACUGCCCUGGCCAUACUACUGGUGGCAUGCAGGAGCAAUGUGGGGAUCCAUGAUGGACUACUGGUACUACACAGGCGACACGACCUACAACAACGUAACCACCGAAGCCAUGCUCUUCCAAGCCGGCGACGACGACGACUACAUGCCCUUGAAUCAAACAAAAUCGGAAGGAAACGACGAUCAGGCUUUUUGGGGCAUGGCCGCCAUGUCCGCCGCCGAGGUCAAUUUCCCAAACCCGCCCGCGAAGAAACCGCAAUGGUUGGCUUUGGCCCAAGCGGUGUUUAACACGCAAGCUCUUCGCUGGGAUACCAAAUCUUGCGGUGGUGGGUUGAGAUGGCAGAUUUUCACCUUCAACAAUGGAUAUAAUUACAAAAACUCGGUGUCCAACGGUGGAUUCUUCAACUUGGGCGCCAGACUGGCAAAGUACACCGGCAACACCACUUAUUCGGAUUGGGCUUCCAAGACAUGGGAUUGGAUGGAAGAGUCGGGCUUGAUGACGGAGGAUUAUUACGUCUACGAUGGUUCCGACACGACAAAGAAUUGUUCAUCUGUUGAUAAAAUCCAAUGGACAUACAACGCCGGUAUCUUUUUACUCGGAGCGGCUACCAUGUGGAACAUCACCGGCGAACAGGUUUGGGAAGACCGCACCAGGGGUCUAUGGAACGCCACCCACGUCUUCUUCACCGACGAAAAAAUCAUGUACGAAGUCGCUUGCGAACCCUCUGGCAACUGCAACGUGGAUCAACAUUUCUUCAAAGCCUACCUAGCCCGCUGGAUCGCCGCAUCCUCAAAAGUCGCACCCUUCUUGGCUCCACUUAUAAAACCCUACCUCCAAGCCUCCGCCCUGGGCGCCGCAUCCUCCUGCUCCGGCGGCACGGACGGCGUAACCUGCGGCACGAAAUGGUUCAACAACGUCACCGCCACUUCCCCCGUAGGCUGGGAUCAAACCUACGGUGUAGGACAACAAUUAUGCGCACUCGAAGUCAUCCAGAGUAACUUGAUCGAGAAUGUUAAGGGGCCUGUGACGAACAGUACGGGAGGAACCAGUACUGGAGAUGAUGCUGCGGGGGGUAGUGGGAGUAGUGAUCCGAAUCGGUUGAGUAAGAUUACGGCGGCGGAUAGGGCGGGGGCGGUGAUUAUUACUUUGAUUGUACUUGGAGGUUGGAUUGGGGGGAUGGUGUGGUUGAUCAUUUAG